AUGGUCUUCGCUCAGCUCGUCGUCCGCUCAACUUUCGGCGCUGUCCGAUCCGCCUCGCGAUCCCAGGUCCGAGCCCUUUCCAGCUCUGCCGUCGCUUCCAAGGACUUUGUCCAGGAGCUCUACGUGAAGGAGCUUAAGGGCUACAAGGCUCCCCCCAAGGCUGCCGACUCGCACAAGGGCCAAGUCCGCGAGUUCCAGACACCCUCUGCCCCUAAGGCUCCCGCUGUCCUUUCGUCGUCGGAGCUUUCUUCGCAGCUCGAGGCAUACGCCGCUGCUGAGCCCGACCACGCUGAGGCCGUCGCUUCUUCGUCCUCGGAAGGUGCUCUCACCGAGGGUGGAGAUGUCAACGCCUUCCUUCGUGAGGCGGCUGCCGAUGUCAAGGUUGAGGCUCACCACUAA